CCCGCGCUCUCCCUUGGCUGGGUCUGGCUGUGGUGGGUUAAAGCUUAACGCCACCACUAAACCUAAAGCCAACGCAACGCCGUGGGCAUGUAAAUACGGGGGGGACUCCUCGCCCGCGCCGCGCCGCGCGUCUGAACCCAACCGCACCCAACUCCCUCCCGAUGCCCAGCGCCAGCGCGCCGACCCAGACACCGCCGUAGGCCGUAGCAGCAGCCCAGCCAACCACAGCCGGUGCCGCCGGCCUCGCUCGCCAGCAGUCUCAUGUCGGCCAACACCGUAGCCAAGGCGGCGGCAGCGCCCAUGACGCCCGCCGCCUCCUCCGACCCCUCGCCGUCGUCCUCGUCCGGCGCAGGGGCGUCCCCCUCCCCGCUCGCGCUGCUCCGCCCGCACCAGUACCCGCACGGCCACGGCCACAUGACGCCGCCGUCGCCGGCGCUCACGGCCCCGCCGCCGUCCCCGGCGUCCGCGCCCAGGGACUACCGCAAGGGCAACUGGACCCUCCAGGAGACGCUCAUCCUCAUCACGGCCAAGCGCCUCGACGACGACCGCCGAGCCGGCGGCGGCCACGGCCACCAUGGCCACGGGGUUCCUCCCGCCGUGGCGGGGUCGCCCACGACGCCGCGGUCGGCGGAGCAACGGUGGAAGUGGGUGGAGAACUACUGCUGGAACCACGGCUGCCUCCGCAGCCAGAACCAGUGCAACGACAAGUGGGACAACCUCCUCCGCGACUACAAGAAGGUUCGCGACUACGAGUCCCGCGCCGCCGCCGUCACCGCCCCCGCCACUGCCGCUCCCGCGAGGGGUCUCCCGUCCUACUGGGCCAUGGAGCGGCCCGAGCGCAAGGACCGCAACCUCCCCACCAACCUGGCGCCGGAGGUGUUCGACGCGCUAACGGACGUGCUGUCCCGCCGCGCCGCGCGGCGAGGGGGCGCGGCGAUCGCGGCCGCACCGCCACCACCGCUCGCGCUGCCUCCACCACCGCCUCCUCCAUCGCCGCCAAAGCCCCUCCUCGUUCAGCCCCGCGCUCCACCGCCUCCUCCUCCGCUGCCACUUCCGGCGGUGGCCAUGGCGCCGCCGGCGACGUCGGUUUCCGCUGAGGAGCUGACGGGGUCGUCGGAGUCCGGUGAGGACGGGUCGGACGGCGGCGAGCCCGAGCCGAAGCGGCGGCGACUCAACCGGCUGGGGUCCAGCGUGGUGCGAAGCGCGACGGUGCUGGCGCGCACCCUGGUGGCGUGCGAGGAGAAGCGGGAGCGGCGCCACCGGGAGGUCCUGGAGCUGGAGGAGCGGCGGCUGCGGCUGGAGGAGGAGCGCACGGAGGUCCGGCGCCAGGGCUUCGCCGGCCUCGUCUCCGCCGUCAACAGCCUCUCCAGCGCCAUCCACGCCCUCGUCUCCGACCACCGCAGCGGCGACUCCGCCUCCCGGUAACCGUCCGGCCGGCAACAUCGGCAUUGACCCCCCGCAGCUACUAGCCCCGCCGUGGUCCUUCAUAUCAUCUUCCUCCCAGCUCUGCUAGCUACCGCCGGCGUUGUGCAAUCCGGCCGGCCGGCCGGCCGGCUCGCUGAGCUCCGACGAUCCAGGGACCGCCCCCGAGAUGUAAAUAAGGUGAUGCGUGAUUCAUUGUUGGUGGCUGUGACUAGAAAUUCUUUUGGAGGUGGAAGCGGUAUGUAUGUAGCAUUGCAUUGGUCUCGCUCUCGCACGCAUGCAUGCAUGCAUGUACAACGUGUCCUGUUGCUACUGCUAGGUGUCUUCCCUUUUGUGCGCUUGCUUGCAUGCAUUGACUCGUUGUUGACUGGAGAUUGGAGCUUGCGAUCAGUGGAACAACUGGACAUUGUUUCUGUA